CCAUUAGAAACAUUGGUAGUCAGUUAAGCUUAACCAAAAGUAGUUUCUUCCCAAAUUGAACUUAAUAAAAAACACAAAAUUUCAACAAACUCUCCCUAUAUCCUCUGCCUUUCACCUUCUCUGUUUGGAGAAGACCCAUCUUCUUGAUCCCUCUUGAGAUCGCUUAGUUUGCCUUCUUUCUUUCUUCUCUCGGUUAGCCGACAUCGAAGCCACUUGAUAUUUUUAUUUUAUUUUUUCUUCUUUUUCCCAAAUGGGGGUUCGUUUAAGAGGGCCGGCCGCCAUCUCAGUGGCAUGUUUUGCGAUCUUCGGAGGGUUAUUUGUCCCUGUCAUGAGCACUGGCUUCAACUACAAGGAUGCCCUCACGAAAUCCCUUAUUUUCCUAGAGGCACAGAGGUCGGGGAAGCUCCCCCCGAACCAUAGGCUGUCUUGGAGGGGAGACUCUGCCCUGGAGGAUGGGAAGCUUGCAAAUGUACAUGUGGACCUUGUUGGGGGAUACUAUGAUGCAGGUGACAAUGUGAAGUAUGGACUUCCAAUGGCAUUCACGGUGACCACUCUAUCUUGGGCUGCCAUUUUCUAUCAUCGGGAGCUCCAAGUCGCCGGUGAGCUCAGAAAUGUGCAGGCUGCGAUCAAAUGGGGCACCGAUUACUUCCUCAAAGCUAGCUCCAAGAAAAACCGGUUGUAUGUUCAGGUGGGAGACCCAGUACCGGAUCACUCAUGUUGGGUUAGGCCAGAGAAUAUGAAGACACCAAGAACUGUACUAAAGAUUGACGAGAACAACCCAGGUUCUGAGAUUGCAGCCGAAACUGCUGCUGCCAUGGCCGCUUCAUCUAUUGUCUUCCGGCUCUCGGAUCGCCCCUAUGCUCGCCGCCUCCUCAAUAAGGCCAAGCUGCUAUUCCAGUUCGCUAGGACCCAUAAGGGAACUUACGAUGGGGAGUGCCCAUUUUACUGCUCUUUCUCCGGAUACAACGAUGAGCUUCUAUGGGCAGCCGCAUGGCUAUAUAAGGCCACAAGGAAAAGUAUGUAUCUGACAUACAUCCGGGAGGAGGCUAUUAGCGCUGCUGUGACUGAGUUCAGCUGGGAUCUCAAAUAUGCAGGGGCCCAAAUCCUUCUUUCAGAGUUCUUCUUUGAAGGAGAUAAGAGCUUAGAGACGUAUAGAACGCAUGCCGAUAGCUUCGUGUGCUCUGUGCUCCCUGAUAGCCCAUAUCAUCAGAUUUAUCUCUCUCCAGGGGGAAUGAUUCAUUUAAGGGACGGGGCGAACACUCAAUACGUGACCGGAACAGCUAUGUUGUUGGAUAUCUACGGGGAUUUCUUAGCCAAGAACAAUCAGAAAGUGACAUGCGGAAGCAAACAAUUCGACUCAACCCGCCUCCUUGCCUUCACAAAGCAACAGAUGGACUACUUACUGGGAAGCAAUCCAGAAAGAAGAUCGUACAUGGUUGGUUUCGGAAACAACCCCCCAACCCAGGCCCACCAUAGAGGCGCCUCCGUUCCCGUGUUGGGCCCCACCGAGGUUGUCAGCUGCCCGAUGAGCUUUGUCAACUGGUUCACCAAGAAUGCUCCGAACCCGAAUGAGCUCACGGGAGCCAUCCUAGGUGGACCCGACCGGUAUGACCACUUCACUGACAAGCGCUGGACUUCUUCCAUGACAGAGCCCUGCACAUACAUCAACUCCAUGGCCGUUGGCACCUUGGCGAAGCUCGCUUCACAUCUAGCCUGAGAAUGAUCAAGUUCUCAUGACUUUAAAUACUCAACUCCGGUGUCACCACUCGGGCACUAGCAACUUUUAACAGAUAGAUCGACGACUGAAGUCCAAAAAAUGGUUAUAUGUGGGGAACGAACAACUUUUUGUUGUUUUAGCAUAUAUCAUAGAUCGAAAUAUAUAUGUAUGUACUUGUCUCUUUAGAUUUGGGUGUAGUCACAACGUGAAAGUUGCUUGGAAGGAGCAAGGAAGCAUUA